AUGAUCAUCCUACUCGCCCUAUUGUCAGGAGGUGCUUUCACCGUAUCCCUCGACGACACCAUCGUCGCAACGGCCAUACCUCGCAUUACGGACGACUUUCAUUCCAUCUCCGAUGUUGCUUGGUACGGCUCUGGCUAUCUAAUAACUAUGGGUGGCCUGCAGCUGCUCUUUGGCAAGCUCUACAAGCUGCACGUCGACAGAACCAUCUACACCGUCUCGCUGUGCAUCUUUGCUACAGGCUCCACAAUCUCUGCUACGGCGCCGAACUCCUUUGCCUUAAUAUGUGGCCGUGCCUUGGCUGGGACAGGAGCCGCUGGCAUUGUCAGUGGUGGUAUCGUCAUUCUUGGACACACAGUGCCGCUAAGGCUACUGCCUGUCUACAUUAGUAUCACGAGCGGCUUGACAGUCGUCGGCACCGUGGCUGGCCCUCUUUUUGGUGGACUUCUCACGGACGGACUGUCAUGGCGGUGGUCUUUCUACAUCAACCUGCCGAUUGUCGGAACAGUACUUACACUUUUCGUCUUGCUUUAUCGCCCAAAGCACGGCAAAUCGUCCCAACACGCUUCGAGCCGGUCCUGUAAAGAGCGAGCGGCCAUGUAUGAUCCACUUGGAAAUGCUCUUUUUUUCUCUGCCGUGAUCUGUUGCCAGAUCGCUUUGGAAUGGGCCGAUUCGCACUACCCCUGGCGCAGCGCGCGGGUCAUUGCCCUCUUUGUGUGCUCGGCGGUAUUUUUAACCAUGUUCGUGCCACUUCAAGUCUUUAUGAGAGAAAAUGCUACGAUACCGGGCCACAUUGCGAAAAGACGAGCAAUCGCGUCAAGCGGUGUAUUCAUGGCAUUCUUGUGCGCAGCGUACUUCUCGGUGGUCUACUACCUUCCCCUCUGGUUUCAAGGAGUCAAAGGAUCUUCACCCACCCACUCUGCAAUCAUGAGCAUCGCACUGCUCGUAACAAUGGUGUUAUCUUCUCUGAUAGCUGCCGGGCUCAUGUCGAAGACCGGCUGGUACAAUCCGUUCGCUCUCGCUGCGCCGGUCCUUGCAUCUUGCGGCGCGGGACUGCUAUCCACUCUGGAACCCAACUCGGGGCCCGGAAAGUACAUCGGCUUUCAAGUACUGCUCGGGGCGGGCGUCGGCUGUGCGUUCCAUAUACCAUUCGUUGUGGUCAACGCCACAUUACAGGAGUCGGAUAGACCCACCGGCAUUGGCUUGAUGAUGUGCGCGGAACUUCUUGGUGGUGCCCUAGGUGUCUCUGUGGCGCAGAAGAUAUUCGAAAGCCGUCUCGUUGCAUUCGUAGGACGACUGGCGCCCGACGUGGAACGUUCCACCAUACUGAAGACGGGGGCAACGGAAUUGACGUCGCUAGUGCCAGAGGAUCAAGUCGCCGCUGUGCCAAAGGCCUACAGCGAUGCUGUCACUUCCACGUUCUAUCUGAGCUCGGCUUGUGCUGCCGCGAGCAUAAUCGCUGCCAGCUUUAUGGAAUGGAGGAACAUCAAGAAGAGUCCAGAUAACGAGACCAGAAAUGAAGGGACCGAACUUCAUACGGUCCCUACGUCUGGGGAGCGAGAUGUUGUAGGCUUGCAUCAUGGCGGGCGGAAGCAAUGGUCAUCGCCUUGA